AUGGUCAAGCAAGCAACCACCUUGAAAGCCGUCAUCUGGGUAGCUACGAAUGUAGAGACCCAAAUAAGAGAAAAAGGUCUAGAGAAAUAUAAGGCAGGAGAAAAGAGGAAGAUUGAGGUAUCCUCAAAAUCUGAUAAGAAAGGAAGAUUCAUGAAGCCCAACCUGGACGACCAAAAGAAUGGGAAUAGUGGUGGAACCAAGUGGUGUGAGAAGUGCAAGAAGAAGCACUCCGAAAGAUGCGAUGGAAAAGUGACCUGCUAUAAGUGUGGUAGAACCGGUCACUAUUCCAGAGACUGUACAUUCGACAACAGGAAGUGUUACGAAUGUGGAGAUGGUGGGCAUAUUUCGAAAACUGCCCAAAUAAGAACGAGGCUGCAAGGUAAAAUGCGCCACCAAAGUCAAAGGCAAGAGCAUUCUAGAUGGUCCUUGACGAAGCAGAUAACAACACAAGGAAUGAGGAGUGAAGACUUGAUAUCUAAAGAUCAAGAUAAGAAGUAG